AUGGCCCUGAGUGCUGUUAGUAAUCUGAGGUGGGGCUCAGACUUUGAGAUGUCUGACUUCAAGAUCCAUUCUCUUCUAGUAUGUCCUGAAACAUGCAGCUUAAAUAGGAGUGAUCUUGGAAGAGAAAUCCUCAAAGCAGCUUUCUCCUUUUGUCAGAGAAUGAAGAGCCUGACAGGGGUCAUAUCAGCCUCUGCAGCCACAGCCUGCGCUCCGUGGUGCCCUCAGAACUCCAAGUGUGUCAGUGCCACCACCUGUCGUUGCCUGCCAGGAUUCAGUUCUUUGUCCGGAGAGCUCAUCACCAACCCCUUGGAGAUCUGUGAUGACAUCAACGAGUGUGGACCACCAGCGACAGUGUCCUGUGGAAAAUUUGCAGACUGCCAGAAUACGCAUGGGAGCUACUACUGCACGUGUGUCCCAGGAUAUGUGCUCGUGUGUGGGGGAACAAUAUUCAGGAGUGAGAGUGAGAACACGUGCCAAGACAUGGAAGAAUGCAAGCAGAACCCUAUAAUAUGUAAAAGCCGCAGCAUCUGCAACUACACCCAGGGCAGCUACACCUGCAAGUGCCAGCCUGGCUUUGAACUCAACCCGAAGGACCUGAAGCAGUGCACNNNNGUGAAUGAAUGUUCCAGGGGGCAGAACCCCUGUCACAACACCACCCACUGCCUCAACUUCGUGGGAGGCUAUGAGUGCCGCUGCCGCCCUGGCUGGAGGCCGGUCCCUGGGUCCCCCAAUGGCCCAAACAACACCGUCUGCGAAGAUGUGGACGAGUGCAGCUCCGGGCAGCACCAGUGUCACAGCUCCACUGUCUGCGACAACACUCUGGGCUCUUACAAGUGCCGCUGCCGCCAGGGCUGGAAGCCCAAACCGGGAUUCCAGGACAACCAGAUCACCACUGUCUGUGAAGAGAUCUUCCCCACCUGGACCCCACCCCCUGGAGUCCAGAGCCAGAGUCUCUCCCUCUUCUUUGAAAGACUCCAGGAUCUGGUGACUGUCAUCUCUGCUACGUCCCAGGGGGAGGAUCCUGUGCUGGCUGUGAUCACCUACGUGGGACUGAGCCUCUCUCUGCUCUGCCUCUUCCUGGCCGCCAUCACUUUCCGGCUGUGCAAAACCAUCCAGAACAUCAGUACCUCCCUCCACCUGCAGCUCUCACUCUGCCUCUUCCUUGCCCAUCUGCUCUUCCUCACGGCCAUUGACAGAACUGAAAUCAAGGUCCUGUGUGCCACCAUUGCAGGGACCCUACACUACCUGUACCUGGCCUCCUUCACCUGGAUGCUGCUGGAGGGCCUGCACCUCUUCCUCACUGCGCGCAACCUGAUGGUGGUCAACUAUGCCAGUGUGAACAGGUUCAUGAAGAAGUUUAUGUUUCCGGUGGGCUAUGGAGUCCCAGCUGUGAUUGUGACCAUUUCCGCAGCAUCCAGGCCUGACCUUUAUGGAACAGCUGCCCGUUGCUGGCUUCACACAGAGAAGGGAUUUAUAUGGGGCUUCCUUGGACCAGUCUGUGCCAUCUUCUCUGUCAAUAUAGUUUUCUUUCUGAUGGCACUCUGGAUUUUGAAAAACAAACUCUCUUCCCUCAACAGUGACGUGUCCACCAUCCAGAACACAAGAAUGCUGAUAUUUAAAGCUACUACUCAGGUCGUCAUCUUGGGAUGCACAUGGUGUCUGGGAAUCCUGCAGGUGGGUCCGGGUGCCCAGGUCAUGGCCUACCUGUUCACCAUCAUCAACAGCCUGCAGGGCGUCUUCAUCUUCCUGGUCUACUGCCUCUUCAGCCAGCAGGUCCGGGAGCAAUAUGGAAGAUGGUGCAAAAUGGUCAGGAAGUUGGGAGCUGAGUCUGAGAGCUACACACUCUCCAGCAGGGUCAUUUCUGAUGCCUCCAAACCAAGCAUGGUAAGGUCACAGGUUGCGCCCAGAGCCCUUCACUAAUUGAACCACU